AUUCUCCCUGAAGAAAUGUUGAAUGCCUUAACUUGCAGGAAUUUGAUGCUAAAAUUUGAUGUGGUCCUUGCAGCUUCUAUCAUUAGCAAGACUGGCAAAGCACUUGUUUCGAGACAGUUUGUUGAUAUGUCCAGAAUAAGGAUAGAAGGACUGCUUGCAGCAUUUCCCAAGUUAGUGGGAACUGGAAAGCAACACACUUAUGUAGAGACUGAGAACGUUCGCUAUGUUUACCAACCAAUUGAACUACUUUAUCUGCUGCUUGUGACCAACAAACAAAGUAACAUUCUUGAAGACCUGGAUACACUGAGACUGCUAUCCAAACUGGUACCUGAAUAUGCACCCAGUUUAGAUGAAGAAGGUGUUUGCAAGAUGGCUUUUGAGCUGAUUUUUGCCUUUGAUGAAGCUAUUUCUCUUGGGCAUAAAGAAAAUGUGACAGUUGCUCAAGUUAAGCAGUACUGUGAAAUGGAAAGUCACGAGGAAAGGUUGCAUAAACUGCUCAUGCAGAGCAAGAUAAAUGAAACUAAAGAUGUCAUGAAGCGGAAGGCUAGUGAGAUUGACAAAAGCAAGAUUGAGAAGAACAGAGGUGAUAAAGGAGGAUUUAUGGCUAUGUCAGGUCCGAGAAGAAUUGAAAGUAGUUUCAGUGACAUGAGUAUUUCUAGCAACAGCGGCGGUUUUGGAAGUGGUUCUGGCUUCGGAUUAAGCUCAGAUGUGGAAUCAUUUUCUAGCAAGUCUAAAGGUCGUCCACCUUCAACUGCGACAGCUCCCUCUAAAGGUCUUGGUAUGCAGCUUGGCAAGACACAAAAGUCAAGUCAAUUAAUGAAUUCACUCAAAGCUGAAGGGGAAGUUAUUCUUGAGGAUGUGCCACCUGUUGCUUUGCAAUUUUUCCUUUUUGUUUCGAAAAUUUUAUUUAUAUGUGGAUUAUUGAGUAAUUUGUAUAUGAUGUGCAUUUUUCAGAUCGAAAACCAAGAGAUGCCUGGUCUCAGCUUCAAGACUCAUCCUAACAUUAACAAAGAGUUGUUCAACAACAAUCAUAUAGUAGGCCUGAAGGAUCCAAACAGGCCUUUCCCCACUGGUCAAAAUGAUGUUAAUUUGAUCAAGUGGAGAAUCCAAGGCAUGAAUGAGGCCUCUUUGCCAUUGACUGUUAACUGCUGGCCCACUGUUUCUGGAAGUGAGACGUUUGUUAAUAUUGAAUAUGAAGCUUUUGAGACGUUUGACCUGCAAAAUGUUUUGAUAACUAUACCUCUUCCUGCAAGUCGAGAACCACCUAGUGUAAGGCAGAUAGAUGGAGAAUGGAGGUAUGAUGCAAGGAAUUCGACAUUGGAAUGGUCAAUCCUUCUCGUCGAUAAUACUAACCGGAGUGGAUCCAUGGAGUUUGUCGUGCCUCCUGCUGAUCCAUCUUCAUUCUUCCCCAUCGCAAUCAAGUUUACCGCGGCCAACACUUUCAGUGACGUAAAGGUUGGAAAUGUCAUACCGAUUAGAGGUGGUCCUCCUCCAAAGUAUGCUCAAAGGAUACAGCUGAUAGCAGACAAUUACGAGGUGGUUUGAGUUUAGAAGGGGAAAAUGGUUA